CGGAAAGUGAGAAACGAUUAAACGAAUAUACAAACGCUACAGAGGCCCGGGGGGAGGUUCAGAAAAAAGAAAAGAAAGAAAGAGAUAUGAGUGGGAGCAGAGUAGUCUGCAAAUCUUCACUCAUCCUCCCUUCCAUCGCUUCCACUGAACUCGUCAGGUUCAAUACUCCUCGAAAACCCAAUUUCACUACGAAGUUUCUUCGAAUGGCAACCGAAGCAUCUCCACUCAACAACAAUGAUAUCAGCAACAGAGAUGCUUCUGUAGCUGCAGCUUCUGCAAAUGGAGACGCAGCUUCCACCUCUUCUUCUUCCAAGAAAGAAUGCUCCACCUCCUCCGCUUCUUCUGCUAUCGAUUUUCUCACUCUCUGCCACCGUCUCAAGACAACAAAGAGAGCUGGAUGGGUUCGUAGGGGCAUUAAGGAUCCCGAAUCCAUAGCCGAUCACAUGUACCGAAUGGGCGUCAUGGCUCUCAUCGCUUCAGAUAUUCCUGGCAUCGACCGGGACAGAUGUUUAAAAAUGGCAAUUGUACAUGAUAUCGCCGAAGCCAUUGUUGGAGAUAUCACUCCUUCAGAUGGGGUACCAAAGCUAGAAAAAAGCCGAAUGGAACAGGAAGCACUUGAUCACAUGUGCAAACUACUUGGCGGAGGGUCAAGAGCAAAUGAAAUAAGGGAGUUGUGGAUGGAGUAUGAGGAGAAUUCUUCUCCAGAAGCUAAGAUUGUCAAGGACUUUGACAAGGUGGAGAUGAUACUUCAAGCCUUGGAAUAUGAAAAAGAGCAAGGGGCCGAUUUGGAUGAGUUUUUCCAGUCAACUGCUGGUAAGUUCCAGACUGGUGUGGGGAGAGCUUGGGCUUCAGAGAUAGCAUCUAGAAGGAAAGGGGAAUUCUAGAUAGAAUGUAGUCCAGAAUCUGAUCCUUCAUGACAAAUAUUCAUUUUCCUCGUGGAAUUGCUCCCACUGUUGGUGGUUUACAUGUUAAACUCAAUGCCUUGCAAUUCUUUGAAAUAUUAAGAUAUUACUAUGCCCUAACGAGCUAUUUUAUUGAGGUGGCGAUGCUGUGCACAUCCAACUUUUUAGUUGAGGUGGCAAUUCUGUAUAUCCAGCAACUUUGGGCUCUUCACAACAUCAUAAUUUUGAAAUCCACUCAGGGCCAUGAAGUUACCCGAGACUAAUAUCUUCACACUGAAUACUAGUUGACAGAUCACUUCAACUA